GUGGCCCUGGACGCUGGGAGUGGGCCCGCGCCGAGACGGAGGGAGGGGCCGCGCCGCCUUCGAGAGUCAUUGGAGGACGCGACCGCCCGAAGCUGAUAAAUAAGGGGACGGGCCGCGGCUGCCAGCCAAGUUGGACGCCCGACCCGUGCGAGGGCCAGGUCAGCGCCUGCCCGGCGAGGCGAAACGAGGGGACCCCCCGUGCGGCCAUGGCCUCGCUGUUGGGAGCUUACCCGUGGCCCGAGGGGCUCGAGUGCCCGGCCCUGGAAGCCGAGCUGUCGGAUGGGCUGUCUCCACCGGCCGCCCCCCGCCCUCCGGGGGACAAGGGCUCGGAGAGCCGCAUCCGGAGGCCCAUGAACGCCUUCAUGGUGUGGGCCAAGGACGAGAGGAAACGUCUGGCCGUGCAGAACCCGGACCUGCAUAACGCCGAGCUCAGCAAGAUGCUGGGAAAGUCGUGGAAGGCGCUGACGCUGUCCCAGAAGAGGCCCUACGUGGACGAGGCGGAGCGGCUGCGCCUGCAGCACAUGCAGGACUACCCCAACUACAAGUACCGCCCUCGCAGGAAGAAGCAGGCCAAGCGCCUCUGCAAGCGCGUGGACGCAGGCUUCCUCCUGAGCUCCCUCUCCCGAGACCAGAACGCUCUGCCCGAGAAGCGGGGCGGCGGCCGGGGGGCGCUAGGAGAGAAGGAGGACAGCGGUGAGUACUCCGCGGGCUCCGCCCUGCCCAGCCUGCGAGGCUGCUACCACGAAGGGCCGGCUGGCGGCGGCGGCACCCCUGGCAGCGUGGACACCUACCCCUACGGGCUGCCCACGCCCCCGGAAAUGUCGCCCCUGGACGUGCUGGAGCCGGAGCAGACCUUCUUCUCCUCUCCCUGCCAGGAGGAGCAUGCGCACUCCCGCCGCAUCCCCCACCUGCCGGGGCCCCCUUACUCACCGGAGUACGCCCCCAACCCCCUCCACUGCGGUCACCCCCUGGGCUCCCUGGCCCUUGGCCAGUCCCCAGGCGUCUCUAUGAUGUCCACUGUACCCGCCUGUCCCCCGUCUCCUGCCUAUUACUCCCCUACCACCUACCACCCUCUCCACUCCAACCUCCACGCCCACCUGGGCCAGCUCUCCCCUCCUCCCGAGCACCCCGGUUUUGAUGCCCUGGAUCAGCUGAGCCAGGUGGAACUCCUGGGGGACAUGGAUCGCAAUGAGUUCGACCAGUACUUGAACACUCCUGGCCACCCAGACUCUGCUGCGGGGGCUGUGGCUCUCAAUGGGCAUGCCCCGGUCUCCCAGGUGACAUCGACAGGCCCCACAGAGACCAGCCUUAUCUCCGUACUGGCUGAUGCCACGGCCACGUACUACAACAGCUACAGCGUGUCAUAGAGUCCGGGGCAGCCAGCCCAGCCCUGCCUCGCCGCAGCCCUCUCCUUCCCGCGCACUGAGCAGAGCCGAUGGCGCCGCGCUAGCAGCUUUCUUCCAGCCGCCGGGUGUGCAGGUCUGACCUGUCCUCGGGGCAGAAAGGGGCUCUGCGGAUCUGAGCGCCCCUUCACUCCCGGCAGCCUGCAUUUUGAGGGUAUUCCUUCAAAUGGGUUCUCAUUGACUGCACCCGGGGAAUAAGGCAAGUUAGUUGCUGAAAGAUGGUUUCCCGGUAGAUUUUCCUUUCCUUCUCCAGGUCCCCGUCACGUAAACAAAUGUGUGAAAUCCCGGCGGCUUUCAUACAUCUCCAACUUCUGACACAGCCGCAUGGGGCACAGCCGUCCUGAUCUAUGGAUCCUCCCGGUGAGGAGAUCCCUGAGCUGGGAUCCAGGCGACCCCCGCUCCAGUCCCAGUUCUUCCUGGGAGGGUUAGUUCCCACUCGUCUCUCUUCCCCUUCCAGCCCCUCACCCCCGCUCCCAAUCUAGGAAGUGGGGCACAGACUUGAUAUCUAAGGCCGCUUCCGCUCCAAGGUUUUCUGAUCUAGGAUUGUUUCAAAGCUAAUUAAAAGGAAAACGAAGUUUGACUUAAUAAGUUCAUUGACGGCCAACCUGGUGAUAAUUCUGUGUGCAUAGCCCAAGAACACGUGGCUUUCUGUGCUUGCACUGCCUUUCAAAAUGAUCACAGUCUUUCAAAAGGACUCCUCUGACUUGAGAAACAACACCCAUCUUGAUUUGGAAAAUUAACCACUAGGGUUGCCUGCGUCACCGAAAAUAGGAUUGAAUUCAAGCUAUUGUUUUUUAAACAUAUUUUGAAAGAUAAAUAAUUUUUUAUUACACACACAUUUCAAGAGAAUAUACACAGCCUGAAUAUAUAGUGUUUGUGGGACACGUACAACACACACACUUUCAUGCACACCCUUAAAUGCAUGUCUGUGCAGCCUAAAUCAGAUACUCUUGUUGAUGUUGGCAACUUCUUGUCAACUCCCUGUUCCUAAUGACCCAAAGAGCUGGGAACCUACAGAGCAAUGUCACUUACCUCCAAUCUAGAUAUGUUGA